GGCGAGUGGCUUUUGAAGCCUUUGGGUCUCUCUGCCUGUUCUGCUGCUCCCUUCCUCCUGUUGCCUUGCCUGGCCACUGCCCCGCCUCUGCCCGCCUUGCCUUGUGACCCUUAGCAUGGAUGGAGAGCUGUGAUUUCCAGCUCAUUAACUUUCUACUAAAACUUUAACCCCCUGGCUUCUCCAGUGGGGGCCCCCUCCUCCCCUCCCCUCUAGUCCCUGGCCAAGUCCUCUCUCCUUUCUUUCUCUUUCUGUCCCUUUUUUCCUUUCUUUUGCACUCUCCCCUUCCCCCCCUCCUCCUCCUCUUCCUGCUUCUCCAUUCUCCACAAUUCCUGGCAAGGCUCUCGUCUGAUAGGCCGGCUAAGGACGUCAGUCGCUUCCCUCGUCUGCCCCCUCCUUUAAAAAAAAAUAAUCCUUUCAUUCACUUGAAGUUGGACAAACUUUUGUCAGCCGCCGAAAGGGGGAAAAGAAGGAGGCAUAAAAUCCAUGGGGGAGGCUCAGCCGUGCAGAGCCGGGGCAACGCUGAUUUGAUGGUGGACGCGCCUCACCGCUCGUCCUCACGGUCUGCACAGUCUUGCAGCCUCUGCCUCUCCAGCCCUGUGGGAGAAGGAUCCGCCUGUGGGCAGGUUGGAGAACAGGGGAGCGGACGCCUUCCUGACCAGGCGGGCACUGAGCGAAGGUCCUCUCCAGGUGACGGUCCCCCAGUUUGCAAUCCAAGCCUUCGCCAAGCUCAAGAUGACCUCGGCCACCAAGGUGUACUACAGCCAGACCACCCAAACCGACAGCCACCCCCUGAUUGGUCCGGUGCUACGGAAGAGGCGGGUCAUGACCAAAGACGGGCGAAGUAAUGUGCGCAUGGAGCACAUCGCAGACAAGCGCUUCCUGUACCUGAAGGACCUCUGGACGACCUUCAUCGACAUGCAGUGGCGUUACAAGCUGGUCCUCUUCUCGGCCUCCUUUGCCGGCACCUGGUUCCUCUUCGGGGUUGUCUGGUACCUGGUGGCCUUGCUGCACGGGGACCUGCUGGAGUUCAACCCUCCAGCCAACCACACGCCGUGCGUCAUGCAGGUCCACACGCUGACGGGGGCCUUCCUCUUCUCCCUGGAGUCCCAGACCACCAUCGGCUAUGGCUUCCGCUACAUCAGCGAGGAAUGCCCGCUGGCCAUCGUCCUGCUCAUCAGCCAGCUGGUCCUCACCACCAUCAUGGAAAUCUUCAUCACUGGCACCUUCCUGGCCAAGAUCGCUCGGCCCAAAAAGAGGGCGGAGACCAUCAAGUUCAGCCAGAACGCCGUGGUGGCUCAGCACGACGGCAGGACCUGCCUGAUGAUCCGGGUGGCCAACAUGCGGAAGAGCCUCCUGAUCGGCUGCCAAAUCACAGGGAAGCUCCUUCAGACCUACCUGACCAAGGAAGGGGAGCACGUCCGGCUGAACCAGGUCAAUGUGGACUUCCAAGUGGAUACGUCUUCCGACAGCCCCUUCCUCAUCUUGCCCCUCACCUUCUACCACGUGGUGAAUGAACGCAGCCCCUUCCGGGACCUGACCCUGCGCACAGGAGAAGGCGACUUCGAGCUGGUGGUCAUCCUCAGUGGCACCGUCGAGUCCACCAGCGCCACCUGCCAGGUCCGUACCUCUUACCUCCCCGAGGAGAUCCUGUGGGGCUACGAGUUUACUCCGGUCAUCUCUCUCUCAGCCAGCGGGAAAUAUGUGGCCGACUUCAGCAUGUUUGAGCAAGUGAUCAAGGUGGCCCCCCCGUGCUGCCUCCACGAAACCGCGCGAUUCGGUGACCCUGAGAAACUGAAGCUGGAGGAAUCCUUCCGGGAGAAAGCCGAGCGGGAAAGCACUCCGCUGAGUGUGCGGAUCAGCAAUGUUUGAGUCUCCCUGGGGGGAACUGGUCUCUCGUAGCUUCUAGGCAUCCAUCGCAGCCUCCCUCCCUCCCCGGCCGGGGUGCCCCCUACUGUCCUGACAGCCUCUUCAGCUGCAGAGGGGGCAGAGGCUCCCCCAAAGAGAAGGCAGCCUUGCUUUUAUUCCCCACAGAAGAGCCCCCAACAAAAGGGACUCUUCCUCCCCCCCCCCGUGCGCUUCUAUUUUACCCCUUUUUGAAGAACAGGUGGAGUGGCGGAGGCCGGGCUCACAAGGGCAGCUGAAUGCACCACCAGGGAACAGGCCUGAGAGUGGCCGUGGCUGAGGUCCCUUGAGUAAGGCUUCUGUGGCCACGUUGGGUCAUGGGAUCCUGGCUCUGAACCUCCAAAAGCUUGGGAUCCCCAAGCCGCAGAUGGCUGGAGCCCUGAGGAGGAAUUGUCAGGGUCCUGGCCUCUGCACACACACACACACACACACACACACACACACACACACACACACCAUGAUCACAGCUGCAGUUUUUGUGUUAUUACUGUAAAUCAUCAAAAUGCUGCACUUUUUAAGCCCAAGAAGGAAGAUGAAGGCAAGGCAGCAUCCCAGAGCAAGUGGGGCCUCUGAGAGCAGCAGGAAGGAAAAAUAAAACCAGUAAGAUGGAGGAGGAGGAGGAGGAG